UUAAGUUUCUCUUCCUCUGGAUGACGUAUUCAUAUAAACCCCUACACGCUAUUGAGAAAACUAGUUCAUCGCGAGGCAAAAGAGGUUGCAACAUGAAGAUGCUCUUGUACAUCAUUCUAUUUACUGCAGCUAGCUGUGCAUCAGCUCAAAGUUAUUUUAUUUCAGCUCCAAACGUCUUUCACGUGGGUACUCCAGAAAAUGUCUCUGUUACCGUCUUUGGAAUCAAUUCCCCGAUAACAGUACGACUUUUUCUUCAAGACUUUCCACAUAGGAGAAAAACUUUCUCUCCCGUUCAAGCAGUAUUUCAAACAGAUGUUCCACAGUUCCUCACAGUCAGGGUUGAUCCUAAGGACAUUCCUGACCAAGGAGCGUUAGAUAAACAAUACGUUUAUCUCGUUGCCAAAUCUGACGAUCAAACAUUACGAUUCCACGAGGAAACCAAAAUACUGCUUAGUUUCAAGGAUGGCGUUAUCCUUAUUCAAACCGAUAAACCCAUCUACACACCGAAACAAAGUGUCAAAAUCCGUGUUAUACCGCUUGGUUUUGACCUUAUGCCCACCACAAAAAAGAUUACGGUGGUUGUUAAGAAUCCACAAGGCAUAAGAGUUCAGCAGUGGAAGAAUCUAGAUACGAAGACAGGCUUUAUUUCUAAAGUACUUGACCUCGGGGAUUUUGUUCUUAAUGGUAACUGGACAGUACAAGCAUUUUAUGGGCACCAGUUCAUCCACAACACAUCGAUCAAGUUUGAAGUCAGAGGAUAUGUAUUACCAACAUUCUCCGUCAAGAUCACCGGUCCUUCAGUGAUACUUCCUACUGAUAUAUCAAUUACUGUGGGCAUAGCAAGCAGUUAUACCCAUGGAAAGUCCGUGGAAGGAACUUUAGCAGUUCGCAUCAAAAUUGUUGGCAUGAAGCAAGAACCCAUUCUUAUAAGCUCCUUCAGAAUGCGAAUUCUGGAUGGUUUUGCAACAUUAACGAUCAAACGACGUCAUAUAAUGGAUUUACCGGGCAACAUUUGGUUUCCCGAAGGAAGGCGUCUCGAAGUCGAGGCUGAUGUAACAGAAUCAUCGACUGGUAUCACUGAACAUGCAAUAGAAAACUCCAUCUUUUUCUCCUCUUCUAAAUACCGCAUCAAGUUCUAYAAAACAGCCAAAUACUUCAAACCAGGCUUACCGUUUUCUGUCAAGGUAAUAGCGUCUUAUCCUGAUGAUAAGCCUGCGCCAAACAUCGAUGUCAGGAUUUCCGCUAAGGCAAUAAAAAGCGACGGUUCAGAGACUGACGUUGGUCGACAUGCGGAUGACAUUAAAGAUGAGGCGAACAGAGAUGUAACAGGAGCAAACGGUCAGGCAGAGUUCGUUAUUGAUAUUCCACGAGAUGUUAAGACACUUAAAGUCAAGGUAGAAACAGCUGAAAAAGGUUUACCGCUGAACCAGAAUGCUGUCAAGGAACUAAUAACGCGUGUUUACACGUCCAAAAGUAAUGAAUAUUUGAUGUUGAGACAGACGAAGCCUGUUAGAGUUGGCAGGACCGUCUUUUGUGACGCAUUUCUCAGUUCCGGCAAAGUUGAUAAACUUUCGUACAUGGUCGUAUCUCGAGGGCAAAUCGUUGUCCAUAAUGUCGUAGUUAAGAAGUUUGGUGUGUCGGCAACAAUAAGUUUUCAAGUUACAAGUAUGAUGUCACCAUCUGCUCGCUUGGUUGCGUAUUACAUAUCAUCAGGCGGAGAAGUGAUUGCUGAUUCCAUCUUAUUGGAAGUCGACGAUUCUUUACCAAACCAGAUUCAAAUCAAAGACAACGAGCACGAAAUCACCAGAUUUCCAGCACUGGAGUAUACUGUGAACGUACUGGGGAAAAAAGGCACUCGUGUAGGGAUCCUCGGGGUUGACCAGAGUGUCUACUUAUUGCGCAAUGAUAAUAGAUUAACUCCAAAGCGUGUGUUUGACGAGCUAGAGAAUCUCGAUCUUGGAUGCGGAGUUGGAAGUGGCAAAGAUACGCAAGGAGUUUUUAAGAAUGCUGGCAUUGCUGUUAUUGCUCCAUCACUCGCAAUCCCUGGACGACAAGAUUUUAAAUGUGACGACUCUCUACCGAGACAAAAAAGAUCUGUCAACCAGAAUUCAGAUUUAGAUCCCCAGACGUUUUGCUGCAAGUUAGGCAAUGCCACUGACGAAAACCAAAGAAGCUGCAUCAGACGAGUAUACGAUUUAGACGUUCCUGAAUACACGGGCCAGAAACUGCGGGAAUGCAUAAGGCAUUUUUUAAAGUGUUGCGUAAGGAGAUUUGGAGCCAAAGACAUGGGGGCUUUAGCGAGAAGUGGAGAUUUUGGAGAUUUUGGAGACUUUGCCGGCCCCUCGGACGACGAACUAAUCGAGAUGACUCAAGUACGAAGCUAUUUUCCAGAGACUUGGAUUUACGAAGAAAAGGUUAUAGGAGAUGAAGAAAAUCACAUUGAUUGCCAGAAAUACUUGCAAAAGGACCAAUGUGGCAGGGCAAUGCUAGAAGCAACCUUACCACAUACCAUCACAAGUUGGGUUGUACAGGCUGUUGCUGUUUCUAACACCUCAGGAUUUGGAAUUGCAAAGCCGUUACAUAUAAAAACCUUUAAACCUUUCUUCAUGCGUUUCACGAUGCCAUACUCUGCUCAACUUGGCGAACAGAUAUCAAUCCUAGCCACUGUAUAUAAUUACAACAAAGAAGAAACAGCGGUAAAGUUUUACCUUUUCGGAAACGAGGGGUUCUGUUCAGCUGCUCCUUCUGAUGAAAGAGUACUACUGACUAAUAAAGAUGGAGUCAAAGUGAAGGCCGGUGGUUCGUUGUCAUUGCCCAUAGCCAUCGUACCUAUCAAGUAYGGAUUGGUCCCCAUAAAAGUUGCUGUCCUCGAUUCUAGAGCUUUUAAAGUCGAUAUUGUCGAGAAAAAACUCCUUGUAGUUGUAAGUAUGUCACCUUCAGUUACUAGGUUAAUAAAUUAAGCAGAUUUUCUCGUAUUCCAGUUUUUGGUUACAAAAGAACGUGUGAGAUUGCACCUGGUGUAUUCUUCUGUUAGCCACUAAAGCUGGGACCGGGGUGUGGUUCGAAAGUACGUAAAACGCACACAGCCUGUUCAAACCAAACCUGGAUCUGUUUCUUUAAUUGGCAAUAAUUGUCUAUAUACUAGAUGGUCAGUCAUGUG